CCUACUUCCGUAGCUGACCAAAGCGCAAUAACGUUACUAAUCUAACGUUAAUUCCAAAAAUUGACAAGAAGCUCUCGGUCAUGUUUCUCAUUUUUACCUUAUGUAUGAGAGAUGCUUGACAGAUAAAUAUUAUAAACGUCGUUUGCUGUCCACUGUAGGCGCUGUAUCGCGAGUUUUCCUCAUUAUCCAUCGCUGACAAAGCUAAAGCUAGCGGUGUGUUAGCAGCGGGUUAGCGGCGGUGGACAUAGUUUAAUAAAUCGCCCGAUCCGCACUUUGUCCAGUGUUAAUUUAGAUAUCAAACAAAGCAGUCAUGGCAACUAGGCGUCUGACCGAUGCCUUCUUGUUAAUGCGGAACAAUGCAAUCCAAAACCGGCAGAUAUUGGCUGAGCAAGUGAGUACAUACGACCCCCGUCUGAGUACACGUAGCAAUGCUGCGGAGCUUGACGAGUUGGCUGAUGAUCGAAUGGCCCUGGUGUCAGGAAUUAGUCUGGAUCCUGAAGCUGCCAUUGGAGUCACCAAGAAACUACCCCCCAAAUGGAUAGAGGGGGUUGAUGAGAUCCAGUAUGAAAUCACACGGGUUCGACAGAAGAUGAAGGAACUGGCCUCACUUCAUGACAAGCAUAUGAAUCGUCCCACACUUGAUGACAGUAGUGAGGAAGAGCAUGCCAUAGAAAUCACUACACAGGAGAUCACACAGAUGUUUCAUCGGUGCCAGCGAGCUGUGACAGGGUUGCAGACUCGUUGUGGCCACUGCACCGAGCAGGAGGAGAGGCUAUUGAGAAACGUGGUCUCAUCCCUGGCGCAGAGCUUGCAGGAGCUGUCCACCAAUUUCAGGCACACACAGUCCAGCUACCUAAAACGUAUGAAGAAUCGUGAGGAGAGGUCAAAGCACUUUUUUGAUUCUGGACCCCUAAUGGAAGAGGAUGAAGAUUUAGCUGUAUAUGACAAGGGGUUCACAGACGACCAGCUCAUGCUGGUGGAGCAGAAUACGGUUAUGGUCGAAGAGCGAGAGAGGGAGAUCCGACAGAUAGUGCAGUCCAUCUCAGAUCUGAAUGAGAUUUUCCGGGACUUGGCUGGAAUGGUGGUGGAACAGGGCACCGUUCUUGACAGAAUUGACUUCAAUGUGGAACAGGCUUGUGUUAAAACAGAAGACGGAUUGAAGCAGUUACAAAAGGCGGAACAGUAUCAGAAGAAAAACAGAAAGAUGCUGGUCAUUUUGAUUCUGUUUGUCAUAGUCAUUGUUCUAAUUAUUAUUCUUUUUGGAACAAAGUUUUAAUUAUGCAUUCCUCUGGCUUUUGUUUUCUGUGUGGGUGUUUGUUGUGCAUCUGUGUGGACUUGGACUCUGUCUUGGUUCUACUCAAAACAAAGCCGGUUGCCUUUCAUACCCACCAGGAAACGAAGAAAAAGAAAUCCGCGUCUCUUUACAGGUGCACUUACAGUGUGGAGAUGUGUUUUUGUGGUUGAUUUUAAUGAACGAAACAAUCAACAGUCUGUUUGAGCCGUGGCUGUCUUAUCAAGUGACUCGCACCCAAAUCGCCAAGUCCCUGUGACAGAGGUUUGUUGAACCCGACUUGUGUUGACAUGUGUGUCUUAACAAAAGAAAACACGUUGUGGUGUAUAAAAAUGCACAACCAAUGUUUAAACGCUAGAGCAGAGCAUCUUCUGCUUGAACUGCAAGCACGAAUUGUGACGUCCGUUGUGUGACAAUGCAUCAUUUCUGUCCAGCAUCAUUGCAAGCGUUUUGUGUCUGUGAGGAACAUGUGACACGAAUGAAUGUUUGUGAAAGCGAAAUAUGCAGUAGAUCUCAUUUUACUGCAAAAUCAUUCUCGUCCCAACAUUGCAUUUAUGUCCCGGCUCAGUAUUUUACCUUGGAAGACUAAAAGAAAAUGUUUUGUAUUAAGGAAGUACCAGAUAUGAUUAGAAUAGUCAUUCAGCACCAAAUAUUCCUUUGGUUAAAGGAUCACCUUUUUUUAUUUAUGACUUAAUUCCCCAAUGUAAUAAUAAUGAGACUGUGUAACUCCACUGUUUGCCUGAGGAGGGUGGAGACAGCCAUGAGCUUCCUCCCAAUUCAUCCUGUCAUUUUAAAGUCAUACCCACGUCACACCUGCCGCACUUUUCAUUAAGUGCUCAUUUUAAAACAGUUGUUUUUGUUUUUGAUGGUCCUUGCAUAAAGUGCUACCUUUUUUAAACUCUUGCAGUUUGCACAUAUUGAGGCCUGAGGGGGAGGGUAGUUGUGUUAUGGAUGUAAUACUACUGUCAUCUGUAUGAUGAAAAGAAUUAUUUAUUUUUUAAUAACUUACAAAUAAUCAAGACGUUCGGAGGUGUUCUGUCACAGGCGGAAUUACUGUACAGUGAGGAAAUUAUCUGCAGUCUAAACCCAACAGUUAUUGUCCUUUACUCUGAGAAAACUGUGAUGUAGUCCAGCACAAGCACACAUAUGAAGACAACAUUAUGAUUUUGUUUUUUGUUUUUCUUUUCAGAUUGGACGCAUUACAUUUUAGUUUUCUGUGUUGGAAGUUCUUUACAUGUGCUUUUGUUCUAUAAAGACUGAUAAGAUGAAAUGAUGAAGAGCUUUAUUUGACAUAUCUCUCCUCGACUAUACACUUUAUACUCCUGUUUAAAUCAUCCGUGUCAUUGAUGUGAAGUCGUGUGUGAAAACUGGUUGUCCUGGUGGUAUUCUACUUAAGUUUUGUUUUACAAACAAAAUGGGUGAGCAGAC